AUGCACCCAGAGUUCUGCUGCCUACAGGAGAACAGGCAGCGCCUGAAGCAGUUCACUUCGACGAAUUAUCCGAUCACUGCGGGCAAGUUCAACGCGCCCGGUGAUAUGUUCGCAUACGCCUCGUCAUACGACUGGAGCAAGGGCCACGAGGGCAACCACCCCAGCCUGCCGAAGUCCAUCAUGAUACACAAGGUGCAGGAAGCCGAGGUGAAGCCGAAGCCUGGCUCCAACGCGAGGACACGCCGCUAG